CGUGGCACCUGAAAAAAAUUUCUGCAGCCUGCGGCGGGCUUUCCCUCUUACUUUUAAUUUGAUAAGGUUUGCCCGAAAUUCUGAAAUCUGGCCCCUUUUAAAAAUAUAAUCUGGCACGAAAUUUUCAGAGCCUGUGGCAACACUGUUCACACCCCAUAAAUUUCAAAUGUUUAGGUGCUGCCAACGAUGCCCACAACCAAGCAACAACCCAACAACUAACCUAACCCAACCAAAAAUCAGCUGUUCGACAUCUUAUCUGUUGUCGACAGCCAAAUGCAAAGAAAAAUCAAAAAUAAAGGGGCUUGAACAUGUGAAACUACAUAUAAAUAAAUAGAUUGAAUCGUUUGUUGAAAUUUUGAUAACUGAAGGGGGCUCUAACAUGAGUGAAAACGAAAAUUUGACCGACAGAAAUGGAAGCGGCGAUAUCAUGGAACCGGCAAGUGAAAAUGGAGACACCAGAAAUCGAAUUUUUAGUGUGGACAGCGCUGAAGAACUGAAACCUAUAAACGCUGCUGAAAAUGCUGAAAUUUGGUUGAAGAAAUUUGAAGAAACCGGCUUGAGUGGAGUAGAUGAUGACUUAGAAACUGUGAAUAUUGCCAAUUUUUUCCAUAGAGUAGACAGUGAUCAAAUUAUAUACAAUAUGAAAAAAAAGCGUUUGAAGGUAAUCGGCAAGUAUGUUAUGGGAGAUCUGUUGGGGGAAGGAGCUUAUGGGAAAGUUAAGGAAAUGAUGGACUCUGAGACAUUAUGUAGACGGGCUGUUAAGAUAUUCAAGGAUAAGAAGCUUAAGCGGAUACCUAAUGGAGAACAGAGUGUGAUUAAAGAAAUAAACAUGCUAAAAAAACUUUGCCAUAAAAAUGUGAUUCGUCUAAUAGAUGUGUUCAGGAUAGAAGAAAAAAAGAAACUUUACAUAGUUAUGGAGUUCUGUGUAGGUUCCUUGCAAGCAAUGUUAGAUUCUGCUCCUGGCAAGAAAUUACCACCAAGGCAGGCACAAGAGUACUUCAAUCAACUGAUAGACGGUCUAGAAUAUCUCCAUGGCCAAAGGGUUGUACAUAAAGAUAUUAAACCUGGAAAUUUACUGUUGACUUUGGAAGAGCAACUAAAAAUUUCAGAUUUCGGAGUUGCAGAGACAUUUGACUUUUUCGCCAAAGACGACACUUGCUACAUAGGACAAGGAUCUCCCGCUUUUCAACCACCAGAAAUAGCGAACGGUAGUGAGAGUUUUGCUGGUUUUAAAGUUGAUAUUUGGAGCUCCGGAGUAACAUUGUAUAACUUUGUCACUGGUUUAUACCCCUUUGAAGGCAACAACAUCUUUAGAUUAUUUGAGAGUAUUGGGAAAGGAAUAUUCACAAUACCAAAAGAAAUUGAAGAUCCUCUUAGAGAUUUAAUUUUAGGAAUGCUCAGAAAGGAUCCUGAAGAGCGAUUUACUCUACAGCAAGUCAAACAACAUCCUUGGGUAAAUGCAAACCCACCAGCAAGCGAUUACAGGGUUCUGAUACCGCCCAUUAAAAAUGACAUUUGGCACAACAUGACAAUAUUACCGUACCUGUGCGAUCACUACUACGAAAAUGAUAGCAACAGCGAGGCCAGCUAUGACGAGUGUGGAAUGUUGGAUGAUGCUGAAUACAUUACAGAACGGGAGCUGAACGCUGCAAUAGAGAAUCAUAAACGAAGCGCCGGGCAUUCGAAUGGUAACGCUCAAAAAUCGAACCAGAGUAGCACUAGUAGCAGCACAAAGAACAGAGGUCGAAAGAAACGACCAAUCUCCUGUAUGGCUGUUAGGAAUAUGUGCAUGUGCAAACAAUCGUGACAAGCCAAAUGACGUCGCCCAUGGCAAAUUAUUUACAUUUAAUCCUGAAGUUUAGUAGGUACUGGGUAUUGUGACCCAGGCCAGCAAAUUUGGCUUUAUUAUUUUAAAAGUUUAUUUUAAUAAUAUAAAGGAAAAAUCCUGAAUGAAAUGUAAAAAAAAACAAAAACAAAUAUUAUGGUAGCCCUUGCUCUAGCCAAUUUGCAUUCCUGAAACUUUUUUUUUGCAUUUCACUCUAGAACUUUCCUUUUUAUUCUUUCUUUCUUAUCAUCCAACACCUUUGCUUUAGUAAUUUUUAAAAAAUUUGAAUCUUGCCUUUUUGAAUUUGGAAGAGGUUCCCUACCGAACUCUCCCUAGGACCCCGCCAAUAUCAGUGUAGUCAUGGCUUUUUGAUUUUUGAUCAGCAAAAUUAUUAAAAGAGGCGAUAAAACUGGCAAAAAUAAGGGAUUUUAGAAUUUUAUUUUAUUUUUUAUUAUCGUCUAUAGAAACGUUUUUUUUGUUUGGUAAAACUUCAGGAGUUCGUUUUUUAUUUGUUUUGUUUAUUAUUGCUAGUUAAAUUUAAUAUUGAAGAUAUGAGGUUCCCGGAACAUUGCAAAACCUUGGUCCAGUGUAUUCUUGCAUCUCUUUGGGUGGGAAUGCCUUCUUUUGAGCUCCUCUAUAAAGCACAAAACAAAUCGCAGAGGAAGACAUUUUCUUUGAAUCAUUAUUGAGCUUGCCAUAGCAUCUAUGGCUGCUCAUGAAAUUAAAUUUUACGGCCCAGCACUAAGAUUAAGGAUCAUGGCCAGUCAAGUGAGUUAAAAGCUCAUUUCCACUUUCUGAGUUAUGAAGUAGAUUUUCACCAGAGAAAUUGGGUUCAUUGGUAGGCCAUAUAUCGAUAUAGUGGAGAGGUGAAAAAUCCCAUAAGAAAUAUCGCACUAUUCACAAGUGAAUUUGCCUAUCUUUGAAAACAAAUAAGUUAUACCUGGGCUACGUUCAAGAAACGCCUGGUACGACCAUCACAUUUUUAACCACCAAGUCGUUUUUAUUGAUUUUGCUUUCUGAAAGUUUAUGUGAUUGUUAUUAUUUCAACUCAGAUAUGAUACCUAUAUUUUUGUUGACUAGAUUUAUAAUGAUGUAUAGGAUGUAAAAAAAUUUAUGCUAACCAAUUAUGAUGUGAUGAAGUAUUAAUUAUGAGCAAGGUUGAAGAAAAACACAGUUUCAAUUUCAUCCUGGUAGAUAUGUUUUAAACAGUGUUUUCAAGAAAUAAAACCCGUUCAAAACAUAUACCUACCUCUAUGAUACCUACCAAUUUUAUGGUUAGUAUUAGGGGAUUCCUAGCCUACAAUGAAGUGCACACAGGAAAAACUAUUUUUUGGCAUUUUGAUGUUCAGGUAUACAAAUUAUCUACAUCAAGAAGUUAGCAUAUUAUUCAAUGGGUCGAUACCGGGUAUUUCAUUUAGUCAGUAUUAUUCUUUGAACCUGGACUGUAGUGUUCGUUGAGUGUUGAAAACUAUUGUGAACAGUUAUAUUUUGAAGAAAUUAUAUAUUAUUGUAUUUGUACAACAUUGAAAUGAUGUUUUCUUUUUAUAAUCCUCUAAUUAGUUUUAAACACAAUUUAAAAUAUGUUUAGAACAACCAGAACAAUUUCCAUUAUGCGAUACUUUUGUAACUUUUUUAUUGUAUAAUAAUAAUUGUGUGGAGUGCCAUAGUAGGUAUGGAAAAUGCUUGUCACCAUACAAUAAAAAAUAAUUUGUAAAUAAAAUCACGUUAA